CUGCAGCUCCUGCAGUGUCCCAGGCCCUUCCCUCCCAAGGCAGAGGGAGGCUCUGGUCAGAUUACCUCAAUGUGCCCCUGCACCCCAAGAGUGUCUACGUCGUCCGUCAGUACAUGCACGAUGGGGAUUGUGGCUGUCUGGAAGCCUUUGGCCAAGGUGAAAGCCUCAUGGAGGAUCCUGGCUGUGUGGAGGAGCUGGAAGAUCGGUUGCACUUCUAUGUUGAAGAGUGUGACUACCUGCAGGGCUUUCAAGUCCUCUGUGACCUGCACAAUGGAUUCUCUGGAGUUGGUGCCAAGGUGACAGAACUGCUCCACGACGAGUACUCAGGGAAAGGAAUCCUGACCUGGGGCCUGACUCCAGUGCUGAGUAACGUGGGAGAUCCUCAGAACAGGUUUUACAGACUGAUGAACACAGCCCUGGGCCUUGCCCACCUCUCCAGGCACAGCUCCCUCCUUUGCCCCCUGUCCCUCAGUGGGAGUUUGGGAAUGAAGCCACAACCUCCUGUGACAUUUCCCUACCUAAAAUACGAUGCAUCCCUGAACUACCACAGCAGUGCAAUUUUGGCAGCAGCACUCGACACCCUCACUGCUCCCUACAGGCUCUGGUCCUGCCAGGGCUCCAUGGGGCACCUUGCUGAGUCCCUCACCUUCUCUGGGAGGACGGUUGUGGCUGCCUGGGCAGCUCUUCCCUUCCCUGCCUUCCAUGGCUGCUCACUCCUGGAUGCUCUCAGUGCCCACCAGCAGGAGAUUCCUUGGAAACCUCUGUCCUCGUGGAGGGAGCAAAAGGUCAGCUGCUGUUUUGCUCAGUCUGUUGUGCUACGAGGAAUGUGCAAAGAAAAUCCCAGCAGUAGCUGUGCAGGACAGAGGCUUUGGUCCCCCCUGGGCAGCUGUGAGAGCCCCGAGGAGAUGCUGCAGCAUUACCUCCAGCCACACUUCCCAGGGGCUUUCAGCACAGCCCACGUGCUGCAGCAGCCCUGUGCCACCCUCCCUCCCUUCCCCCAGUUCUUCUCUCCUCUCCUCACCAAGCAAGGCUUCCUCCUGGACAAAGCUGCUUCUUCCUCAGCAGCUGUGCAGAGCAUCCCUGUGCUGGCAGCUCUGCAGAGCUCCUCAGCCCUGCACACACUGCUCUCAGACCUGCACCAGGAGCUGCGAGCGAGGAACCUGCGGCGCUGGAACAGCUUCUUCGCCGCUGGGCUGGAACACGAGGACUUCCAGGAGGCCUUAGAGGAGCUCAAGACUCUGGCCCAGUGUUACGAAACAGGGUUUGGAGCAGAUGGAUCUGAGGAUGAAGCAGAUUCAGACUAA